AUGCAGCUACUCGCAACAUCACUGCUCUGUAUUUUAUGCGUUGCGGCAGGAGAAACAACGUCAGUGUCUGAUACCAGUGAUGUAACAACGACUGAACCAGUUUGCAAGGUUACACUAGGCAAACAUUCGGGACCGACCAGGAUUGCUCCUUCUAUUGAGAAAAGUAAUAUAGCACUUCUUCUAUUACUUGGCUUUGGUGGAUUUUCGCUGCUUAUUGCUGGCGUGUAUAAAUCACUGAGGAAAUACAUAUUUCAUGAUGAACACAGUCUGGACACAGUUUUUGAUGCCGGUGGUCGCGUGAGUCUCAGUCUAACAGCUGUCACGGUUACGUCACAGCUACUCUGGCCUGCAGAUUUCUUGCAAAUGUCAACCAUAACAAGCAAGUCUGGUAUGGGUGGGAGUUUAUGGACAGCUGUUGCCGUCGUCAUGGACAUAUUAUUAUUUCCAGCACUGUCAUUGUACCUGAAAACACGUGCACCUGGUGCCAAAACUUUCCCACAGAUUGCAUAUGCACGGUUUGGGAAGUUGGCACACAUUAUAUUCUGCAUUUUGGCUCUGAUUACCAAUAUCAUUGUGAGUACCAGUGUAAUGUUGGCUGGAAAAACCGCCAUUGAGGUUCUGAGCAAGAAUUCCAACAAUGAAUUUAUUUUUCUAAUUCUUGCUGUGCUAUUCGGAUCCUACUGCAUGAUCGGAGGCCUAGGAACAACAUUCUACAUUUCAUACUUUAACACGGCUUUAACCUUCAUUUCAAUUUCCAUAUAUAUGAUAUAUACGAGUUUCUUUCCAUCGCCGGAAAUAGAGCAUGUAUCAACGAUUGAGUCCAUGUAUAACGCUGUAGUUUGUCUUCAGGGACCCGAUGGAAACUUUGAAAAUUCUUAUUUGACAUUUAGAACCAAGAGUGGUCUCAUUUAUGGCGUUGUAAUUAUUUUCAUGGCAACCUCGAUAAGUUUCUGCGAUCAAGCAAACUGGCAGAGUAGGAUCGCAGCUAAACCAUCACAGGGCGUCGUCGGAUUCUUUUUUGCUGCUUACAUGUGGUUUGUUGUACCUACAGCAAUGUCGUUUACAGCUACGAUGACCUAUUUUACAAUGAGUUACGAGAACGGGACUCAUCUUCUCACUGAAGCUGAAAUAGACAACGGCUACAUUAAUCCAUUUGUGAUGAACCAUCUACUUGGAGAGAUGGGUGGUUAUUUGUUACUUACCAUGCUGAUGAUGGCACUGAUGUCUACAGGUUCCGGUGAAGUCAUGGCUGUAUCAUCCAUUAUUGUUUAUGAUAUUUACAAAACGUACAUUAAUCCAUUCCGUGCAAAUUUAACGCCAACUUCGUGCAUUUUGUGUGGCUGUGAGAAGCUAAUUGAUCAUACAUCUGAUAAAAGCACAACAUACUGUGAGUGUCCGUCUUCUAUCGGCUGUAAGGCGUGUGAGGAGGAUAUACAAGCUCGCGCGCUAGAGAGUGGGAAGUUUGGAAAGCAGUACAAAUGCAAAGUGCAUGGAGCAUACAGACACUAUGAAGACGGGCUUUGGCAGUACAAGACAUGGUGUAUGGUUUGGGUGGUUGUCAUGAUUGUUCCAUACGGACUGCUCAUUUCCGAAACUGGCAUAAAUGUAAACUGGGCAACUCUUGGAAUACCUGUCAUAACAAGUCCAUUCCUUUGGCCCUUAUUCCUGACCAUAACAUGGUCUAAAGCAACUUCACAAGGCGUCGUAGCUGGAGGAGUUGUUGGGUUGUUUUGUUCGAUAGCUGGAAUGUUGAUUAUGGGUUCUACAUACGAAGGCGGUUUAGCUGACUUUUACACAAACACAGCACAGGAUUACAGCUUGCUCGUGGCAAUGGUCAGCGGGUUUUUUAUCAGUGGGAUUAUUUGUUUCUGUGUAUCACUGUGUACCCAUAAGAUAAAAUGUAAAGAGGACAGGCAAAGGGAAUGGGCGAAGACUAUAAAUAUAGAUAACCCGCUUAAUCCAUUUAGACUUGUCUAUGAAGAAGAACUGCGUGAUAUUGAUGCUGGACCCGUAAUAACUGCCGAGACAAUGGACCGAAUCUUUCGUAAAGCAAAGCUGGUUGCCUGUAUUGGUGCAGGUGUUAGCCUUGCAUUGUUUGCAGUUGUGGUACCAGCUGUUGCCCUUUCAUAUGAAACGCUAUCUCUGGACGAGUUUAAAACCUGGAUAAGAGUUUUCCAGUACUGGGUGUUCGUCGGAACAAUUCUUGUUGUUUUUGUACCUCCGGUAGAAGAAGGUAUCCAAAUAUGGAGAAAAUAUAAAGACAAUGCCGCCAAGAAUAUCCUUAAACCUUACCCGGCCGGAACGAAAACCACUGACAGAAUUACCUUGGAAAAUAUAAAUGGAGAAAGGCUAUGAUCUGGAAAUUUAACUCUCGUAGACAAAAUAGCAUGAUAAGCAUUUGAGUCGUUAGCCUAAGUGUUCUAACAACCUGAUGAACUCUUUACAAUUUGGUAAAACUUUUGAUUUGAAUUAUGACUGUAACAAAACAUAAAACAGUAUAGAAAUAUGCAAAAUUAUAUUAAUUUAAGUGGAAUUCUGUAAUUGUAAUAUUGAAUAGACUCCAGUGAAUCCAUGUACGGGGAGGGGAGAAUUUUACAGUCACAUGGCACUUAAACACUACUGUUGUGAUAGGUAAUAAAAUAAGAGGAUCCUUUGGAAGCAUAGAACGCAACCAAGCCAGAUAAUAGCAGACAUUUUGAGUCCGCUCAUGCCAGGUAAUGAAAUGUGCGACACCCCUCACGACCUCUAGCGCUGGUAGAGGCGGAAUUCUAUUAUAGUGAUAUUAAAUAGACUCAAUAAUCAGAAAGAACAUGUAAAUAUAACAAUUAGAGUAGUUAAAAAUUUUCCAAUGAUAGUAGUUAUAUAUAUGGGGGUGCGAGCCCGAUUUUGACCCCCCUGACCCCUUGACCCUAUUCUAAAAAAUCCAAUGCCGGACAAUUUAAAACCAAAAAAUAAACAACUUUUCAUAGUACUUUAUGAAAACCUAUAGUAAAAUAUGAUUAAAGAUAAUUUUAAACACUUCCACCAAAUAUUUGCCAAAAUCCUGCCAAGUGGCAGCAAUGUGGCAGUCGCUGCCAACUUGACAAACUUUUGGCAGAACGUUGGCAAACACAAAUUCAACCAAUCAAAAGCCUGUCAUUUUUCUGCCAAGUGGCAGCAAUGUGACAAUGUCUGCCAACUUGGCAAACUUUUGGCAGAUUAUUUUUAUUGAUAAAAUGUAAAGGUAUUUGAUUUUAUUUUCAAUUAAUAACUACAUUAUUAGUCUUUAAAUAAUUUUAAAUACAUUUGAUAUAGAUGAGUUUACAAAAUAAAAUAUAUUGUUUGAAAGAAAGAAGAUUUACUGAUAAUAUAAACCCCCAUUAUAUUAUAACAAAAAAUGGGAGAAAAAUGAUAAGGGCUACUUGUUCAUCUUGUGGAAAGAUGAAAUCAAAGUUUGUUAAAAGUACAGGGGGUAAUUUAGAUAUUCACAAAGCAAUGUUACCUUUAUUACCUAAGAAAGGUUUAACACUUCCAGGAUAUAAUUAUUGUGGGCCAGGAAAUCCCCUAGAUAAUGGACCCCCUGUCAAUGAACUGGAUGCAGUAUGUAUGGACCAUGAUUUUUGCUAUGACAGCGAUGUGAAAAAGGGUACAUGUGAUAAGCAAAUACUUUCCAAUUUAAAUAAAACUAAAUCAAAAACAUUUGGAGAAAAGAUUGCAAAACAUUUAGUUGUGAAACCUAUAAUUAAAACGAAAUACAAACUUGGGUUGGGACAGGAACAAAAAUCAAAAAACGGGAAAAUGGGGUAGAGUAUACCCCCGAAAUAAAUUGGAGCGAUGAAUUAGCAGAAGAAUUACACAAACCAAUUAAAAGAAAAUUUAGGAAACGAAGAGUGAUAGUUAAUGAUAUUGAUGAUACUUGGUCAGCUGAUUUAGUUGACAUGCAAGCUUUUUCAAAAUAUAAUAAAGGAGUAAAGUACUUGUUAACCGUUAUUGAUAUAUUUAGUAAAUAUGCUUGGGUUAUUCCAUUAAAGAAUAAAACCGGAGAAUCUGUUACAGAAGCAUUUGAAAAAAUAAUUUCUGAAGAUAGAAUACAGGGACAAAAGUCCCCGAAGACUGCAAGGAUUCCACAAAAUUUAUGGGUAGAUGAAGGAAAAGAAUUUUAUAAUAAAAAGUUUGAAUCAUUUUUGAAUAAAAAUAAGAUUAAUAUGUAUCAUACAUUUAAUGAAGGAAAGGCUGUAGUAAUAGAAAGAUUUAAUAGAAGUUUAAAAAGAAUAAUGUGGAAAUAUUUUACAGCAAAUAAUACUUAUACUUAUUUAGAUAAUUUGCAGGAUAUGGUUGAUAAAUAUAACAAAACAAAACAUUCUAGUAUAAAAAUGACACCAACCGAAGCUAGUAAAAACUUAAAUAAAGGUACUGUUUA